AAAGCGUGGCUAAAGGUACAUGCGUGGCCACUUUUGACACCUUAUCACAUAUAUGUCCUCCACCUUCUAUAUAAGACAAAGCCUUAAAUACAAUAUCUGAAUCCAUUGCACAAGAAGGAAACAGAGAAGAGCUGAAAAAAGGGUAAAGAGAAGUGAAAACUCAGAAGAUGUUUGCUCACAUAGGAUCCGUGCUUGCUUCCUUGAUGUUUGUAUGGGCUUUGUUUCAGCAAUAUUUUCCUUAUCCACUUCGCAACCAGUUUGAGAAAUACUCUCAAAGAUUGUUCACUCUUGUCUACCCUUACAUCGAAAUCAAGUUCCAUGAGUUCACUGGGGAGAGGCUCACUCGGAGUGAGGCUUACUCUGCCAUAGAAAACUACCUCAGCUCCAAAGCCUCCACACAAGCAAAGAAGCUCAAGGCUGAAAUGGGCAAGAACAACCAGUCUCUUGUUCUCAGCAUGGAUGAUCAUGAAGAAGUAGCUGAUGAGUUCAAUGGAGUCAAACUCUGGUGGGCUUCUGGGAAGAAAGUUUCCAAAUCAGAAUCACUUUCGUCACGCCACCCUAUGACUGAUGAGAAAAGGUACUACAAGCUCAGUUUCCAUAAACACAACAGAGAAGUGAUUUUAGGUACAUACCUGAAUCAUGUCAUAAAAGAAGGUAAGGCUAUUACGGUGAAAAACAGGCAGAGAAGGCUUUAUACUAAUAGUGGAUCUUACUGGAGCCAUGUGGUGUUUGAGCACCCUGCAACAUUUGAAACACUAGCUAUGGAUCCAGAGAAGAAGAAAAUGAUCAUUGAUGAUCUCAUCACAUUCAGCAAAGCAGGGGAGUUUUAUUCAAGAAUUGGAAGGGCUUGGAAGAGAGGGUAUUUACUCUAUGGACCUCCAGGGACUGGAAAAUCUACAAUGAUUGCUGCCAUGGCGAACCUGUUAGGCUAUGAUUUGUAUGAUCUAGAAUUGACUUCUGUGAAGGACAACACUGAAUUAAGGAAGCUGCUGAUUGAGACAUCAAGCAAAUCUGUAAUUGUGAUUGAAGAUAUUGAUUGCUCACUUGAUCUAACCGGUCAGAGGAGGAAGAAAAAUGAGGGAAAGGAAGAGGAAGAAGAGAACGAUCCAAGGCGAAAACAACCAGGAAUGGAAGAAAGAAAUGCCAAAAAUGUUCAGGUAACUCUUUCCGGUCUUCUGAACUUCAUUGAUGGAUUGUGGUCUUCUUGUCGUGGAGAGAGGCUGAUAGUUUUCACAACAAACUAUGUGGAGAAGCUGGAUCCUGCAUUGAUUCGAAAAGGUAGAAUGGAUAAUCACAUAGAGUUGUCAUACUGUGGAUUUGAGGCAUUCAAGAUGUUAGCUAAGAAUUAUCUCAACAUUGAAUCACAUUAUUUGUUUGGAACAAUAUGUGAAUUGCUGAAGGAAAGUAAAGUCACUCCAGCUGAUGUUGCUGAGCAUUUGAUGCCCAAGACUGCUUCUGGGGAUGUAGAACUUUAUUUGAAAAGUUUGAUUCAAGCACUAGAAUUGGCAAAAGAAGAAGCCAUGUCAAAAUCUGAGUAAUGUGCGAGAAAUUAAGUGUGUUUGGAUCAGCGUUUGCAGAAUUAUUGACUCGGACAGAAUUGAUACCGACAGAAUUGAGUAUUGUAAAAGUGAGUUAAAUGCACAAAACUGAAGCAACCUCUAAGCAAGAUUCUCAUUGGACUGGAAAUUAUUCAUAAGCCAAAGCAACCAGAAACUACACGUCAGGGUGAUCAGUGAUGCAAAGUAGAGUCUACUAAGAUAAAGAAAGUGAAAGGAGUGGCAUAGUGGAAGGGAAUGAGUAAGCAAAGCACAUUAUAUAUACUCAUUCUGUUGCUUAUAACCUUAGAAAAUUAUAGAACUGAACCUUUUGCUAAUUGAUGACCUAAUUAACUCAACAUCCAACAUAUAUAUGCUGGAAAGAUGGGACUUUGAUAGAAUAUGUUUCAACUUUAUUAUCAUUUGGCAAGUUUAUGCCAUUUUCCUUCAUAAUCAAUCAAGCACUUCAUCCUCAGCAGACUGCACUAUAUAGGGGACUGCUUGUUUAGUCUAUUUUUUCCAGAGAUUUUAGGUAAAAUGUAAGUUAUCUCUUCAUUAAAAAAAUGAUAGUUUCAGAAGCUAUUUUUCACCGAUUCAGAUUAGUUUAAGAAGUUAUUAUAAAUAUUUUAAUUUUUUAAAAUGUAAAAGGAUCUUUUUGUGAAGUUUGAAAUGAAUAAGUACAGAGAAGAAGGGUAU